AUGGCACCAGAAACAGCAACUUCCGUCAUCGACAGGGCCGUCAAGAUGAGGAAGGAGAUGGAAGCCCGGAAAGGGCUCUUGGCCUGGACACUCCUUAAUCUGUCUCUCGCAGGCAUGAUAUAUACUGAAAUGACUGAAAAUCUCAUCAGCUCAUAUUACAACAUCACAUGCUGGCCAAUCUGGCAUCUUGAACUCACACCACUCGCAUCUCUGUUCAUCCUGAACGCUGCCUUUGAUUUCUGCGUGUACUUCAAAUACACAGUGGCACCGACCAGCCUGGUUGCGAGUCCUGGCCAGCAGACCCUGCUGGGGUUGCAGAAUGCAGGUGGAGAGUGGUCACUCAGAAAGCUUUUGAAGAUCACACCUUCUCCCCGGCCCCGGGGCCAGAGUGUGCUGAGUUACAGCCCGUCCCGCUGCCCUCGCACCCACCCACAGUUUGGUACCGGUUGUGUCCUGGGGCACAGCCCCCAAGGACAGGCUCUGUCAAGCAGCGGCACUUCCAGCCCUGCUGGAACCUAUUCCCCAAGCAGCAGCUCCAGUCAGGUUUCCAGCCCCAGCUCCUCUCCCAGCAGGUCACCGUCCCCCAGUAGCGCUGGGCCAGUGGAAAGCAGUGGGUUAAGGUCUCAUUGCCACUCUUCCCCCGCUCUGUGCAAUUCUAUGGGCGCAGAGGAGGAUGUGACAGACCUCAGGGCACUGCACGCCUUCCUUCGGAGAGAGGAGCAGAAGCGACGGAGAGUUCAACUAGGGUGUUCGGAUUCCAGCUCUCCUUCCAGCAGCCCAGCUUUGGGGAACUGCAGCCGUUCCAUUGCCGACUGCAUGCAGGUGCUGAUAAAGUUCCAGUACCAGCUGGCCUGCAGGCCCCAGGCCCCAUCACCACACAAGGAUGUACCUGACCUGCGCUCGACAUGCGCUGCAGAAGAGGUCUGGGCACGGGUGUCGAUGCAGCGCCACCUUAUUGGUCCCGUGGAUUCCCAGACCACGAAGGUCAGAAACUGGAUUAAUGAGACUAUUGUAGUGCCACUUGUCCAAAAGAUUGAAUCUGUGAGCAUUCAGCUGCAAAGAAUGGUGUGUCCAGAGUUGCAGAUCAGAGACGAGGACAUCAGCAGUCCCCCAUCGAGCUGUGCCUACGCGUGA